AUGCCUGAAUGCGAUUUACGGGUUUGUUAUAUGCCUCAACACGUACUUACUUAAACGUCUGCAUUUUUAAAACACAUACGUGUUGAUAUAUAUCAACAAUUGUCAAAGUGAAAGGUCCGCAGUCUACUUUGAAUAGUCUGGAGCUUGUUUUCAAUGCAGAAGUUCGAUUUCAGCAGUUUUAAAUGUCGAGUUGGUUUUUAAAAUUGACAGGAAACGCUUGAUUUAGGGAGAGAUUUGCGCAUUAUAGUAGUGAGAUGUGUCGCCCAAUUAUGCAUUAGCUUCUAAAGGUGCUCGUUUGGGUCAACUGCUGUCUCACAAGUUGGAUUUGAGACUUUGAUGACUUGUUUUUACGCGGCUGUGUGUAUUAAUAAGUACACAUAACUUUGUGUUAUUACUUUAGCGAAAAUUAUCAUAUUGUACCCCGUAUUAUGGGUAAAAGAUAUUUUUUGUGAAACGGAAUUGUAUAAUACUUCCGGACACAUCUUUAUACAGGGCACGGAAUGUCUGCGAAAUUACAACUACUUUUCACUACUUUCUCUUUUUUACCAGUGCAUUCUAUAUCCAUCUGAAGCGGAGGCUUAUAUAGAAUCCCUAACGUUUUACGAUUUUGACGCAUACGGAUGCGAAGUCUGGUAUCGUCAGCAUGCAUAUUUGGACAAACUUAACAUGCAGGUAAUGGUUUCCUAUUUAACUUUGAUACUUAAAAGGCUGUCGUCUCAGCCCGUUCUGGUGGUGAUGAAUUUAUCAAGGAGUUUGUUUUGACCCAUCAGAAAAUUCCAUUUCUAAUUCGGGAUCUCAUAUCCACCGAGAUAUGGAAACAGAAAAUUCUUAAGCGCGUACUAAAGCGAAUGCCAGAGGAUUUACCAUCAUUUCCCAUUUACGCUCAUAUUCAACAUGAACUUGUUUUGGUCAAUCUGCUAGAGACUGUCACCUAUCAUAUUGAUGCAGUUGAGGCCUUGGCUGAUGUAGCCAUCGACUUGUGCGACUGGUGUCACCGUGCCCUUUGUCGUCUGGUUUCACUGUCUGCUACAGAGGAAAGGAAAACUGAACUCAAAUCCUUGAAAAACGAAGUACGUUAUCAGACUCCAGAAACCAGUUACUUUGAUUCAGAUACGUGAGGAAACUAACGAAGAAGAGUUACGAAGGCAACUUAAAGUCACUUCAUUCGAAAUAAGCAUGAAGGCGGUCUCGUUAUCGCGCCAUUUAAUUCAACAUUGUUGUGACCACAGCACUGGCAUGUCCAGCUUACCAUUGAGUGUUGGACGUAGGCUAUUACAAACGCACGACUUUUUGAUUCUUCUAUGCCAGCUUAUUGAAUUAGCGCCAUGGAAUUGCGAAGCACUGGAAGACGGUUCAAACAAACCUCUGCGAUAUCAGUGGCAUGAGACUGGCGUUUGGAUACCUGAGACAGAUGAAGCGCGUUGGAUGCCUGUUUCACGAACUGAGGGACAGGUAACAUCUUGACUGAUUAAUUUUGAAAUGAUCUUUCUGAUAUGAAAGAUCCUUUGUGGAUCCAAUUUGAAAAUAUUAGUUAAAUAGGACUAAUGUGGUAGGGUUAAUACAAUAGUUCUCCGAUGGCAACGUUCUCAUCUCAGAGACGGUCGGCCGAUUAUUCAGUCUGAAAAAUCUACACAACUCUAGAACUCUUUCCUUUCUCCGCAUAAUGAAAUUCAACAAGAUUUAAGCUCAAGGUACUCAUCCACUUAUCGGCGCUCUUAUCGUUGUUAGAAACGUUUGCUUAACUAUUUGGUUGUCUCUUUCAGAACUGUUGCGGCUGAUCUUAGCUAGCGUAUCCACACUUUUGGGAAAUAUAAAAGUCAUUUUCGACAUGCAAAUUCUAGCUUGCUAGCUUAUUUCCACAAAUAAUGUCAGCAACUUGCCCUACACGUUUACGUAAGGACGGUUAUUAGGCGUCGUUAUCACAAAAAACCACGGGCUGCUCGAAAUUGUUAUCCGUCCAAGUCGUCAACUUAUCACGGGUGUAUGAGCAUGAAAAAGUUUAGUGAGUUGACAAAAUUUCUGACGAGACCGCAGCAUAGAUUGGUCGUUGACGGAAUUCAAAAUCAAAAUAAAGAUGGAUUGUGUUACGUUGCCAAAAAUAAUACUUGAAAACCCUAUUUUUGGCAAGGUUUUACGGCAGGAAACUUUAGAAGAUGGGUAGCAACUAAACUAAGAAGUUAUCUGAGGUUAGACUCUCAUAUGACGUGUAACAUGAAACCCUAAACAAAAAGUAAUGCUGUAAAACUCCGUUGGUUACGCCAAUUUUAAACUUUUGUUCGGACAUACUAACAAUGCGGUCGGCCAAUUUUAUUAACAAACAAUAAAGUCCUCAAUGGAUCACUUGACGUAUUUGUCGUCAGUAAGCUACACCUUACGCCACGGUGCAAACAUUGAGAACUACUGUCCUGCGAGACAAAGUAGUUUUCAUCUUACUUUAGGCAUGUGCUUCUCAUCAAAAAGAGACGCAACACAUGUACGCUUUUAAGCAUGCGAGGUAAUUUCCUUGAAAGUUCGUCUUCCACUCAAUCACACUUACUAAAUUUUAAAAAUAAAGCAUUUUACGUUUGUUUCCGUUUAGCCAAAUGCACGUAUGGACUUCUAAACACUCAAAACCAGCAAACUAAUGAUAUAAUUAUAAAACCGAACUUCCGUAAAGUCCGUACAUUACGUGGUCUGUUUUUGGUCUAGUCGGACAAAUGUAUUGUAGGUAUAGGGCUAUUUGCCGAUGCACAGUUGUUCUUUAGCAUAGUUUCUAAUGAUGCCGAGAUUAUGCUAGAAUGUGACAAGUGAAAUGUCAGUUUUAUGCAGGCGAAGCAAGUUUGCUUCGUACAAAAUGUCGAUGGACAAAUUGAAUCCUUUUGGCCCUGCAUCUCCUAUAAAGGGGAGCUGAACUAAGCAACUAAUGUCUACAAGUAUUCCACGUGCUCUAAAUGCACCCAGAGUAUUUUGAGGGGAUGUCUCUGAACAUUUAUUUAUUGUAGGUGUGGCUUGGCAUCUAUCAACUGGUUUUCUCCGAACUGACUACUUCAGUGCACUAUGAUCUUGCUGAAAAUCAACGACGACAAGCUCUCCUCCGUUUACGGCCUCAUCUCACGGAAGUUCUCAUUGACGUACUUCCCGUUUUGUGCGAGCUGCGUCGAUUCCUUGAACAAUUCGCUGUUUCUGAGUCCGUUGUUUAUCGUGCAGACUCAAAGUCCAGUGCCUCUGCACUUGCCCAAAUGUGUCAGAUUGAGAUGGUAGCCGAAAACUGGGAAACCUUGCUCAAAAAGUGCGUUUCUGACAAGUGUCGCCAAAUAUUGCACUAGAUGAAAGUUUUAUUAAGCUGAUUUUUGUCUCUAAAUGGGCUAUUUUAAUAGCUAUAUAUUAUGCAGUUGCAACAAAGGAUAAAGUAUAACAUGUUUUUUAUACUCUGAUUUGAGCCGCUAACCAUGUACUAUUUGCCUUUUUCUGUCCAUACCCAGGGCUUUUUCUCAAAAUCGCCCAAGUGAAUCGUGCAGAUGCGUCUGCAAAUAAAAGCGUCUAAACUCAAAAUUUUCCACUUAGUUAUCUUGCAGUAAGCAAGAAUAUGCAAAAUUACUAAUUCAGUGAAUAUUGAAUUAGUUGCCUGAGUACAGAGAAAAUACGAUUCGAAAUUAACUCAUUCGAGAUAAAUAGCUUUAGAAGCGAUUUGCCACAGAUACGUUUCGCAGUUUAGCACGCUGUAUGUUGACCACGAUGACAGUGCAGCCUUCUUGAAAAAUUGCCUGUUAUGCGCGAGGAUCUGAUAAAUUUUUAUGGACUGACCAGUAGAAGAAUCAUUUAUCGUUUCGUCUGUUUCAAAAAUACAUAGAGGAUAGUAAAAGCAAUUUUACUAAGAAGCGGCGCACUCUCUAGUUUGCAAAUUUUAAUUUUUUUAUAUCGCAUAUGUCUGCUUUUCUGAAUAGGUGCGUAUUAAAUAAAAUCCCUCAUGACAGUAGUCGGCGAAUGGUGUGGAUCAUCGAAUUUCACAUACAUGGUUUGAUUUAUAUGAACUUACAGUCUUUCUGCCUGAAGCACCAGUACAUUGUAACAGUUUUUAUUGUCUCCUCAGAGAUUUGAAAAUAGUAUUCUGAUCCCAUCGAGCUGUGAAAAUAUCAAUGGCUAUUUGUAGCAAAAGGCUUCAUAUUCAGUGUUUUUUGCCAAAAUUUGUCCUCUACAUCGCACAUUCUUAGUGGCAUCUUAGUGGUAUUUACAGUUACCUGUCUGCACAAACAGAUUGGUCGUUUUAACAAAUAAGCGUAAGAUGAAAGGGUUUGUUAAAUUACAUGAACAGCGCGGAUGAUUUCCUUCUGACUGUCAAUAUCAUCGACCACCCGCUAUUUACUGUUUUUUGUACACAGUGCAGAGUAGGACUUACAGCAUUUACUGUUGCCCAUGAUUUUGACAGUUGUUGUGUGAACGAUGGCAAGCACUGCUUCUGUACUGAUCGUCAGACGCUUGCUUCGAGUUACUGUGUCUUUUCUAGUGUAUUCAGGAUAAUUGUUGGAGCUCACUAUGUUAUGUUCGAACCUCUUUAUUAGGAAGUCUGGAUAAAUCAACUUACAGGCAGUGAAUACAGAAUUCGGUUGCGUAGCCAAUUAACUUUGCCUUUCUUUGACAUUUUUUACAGAUACAAAGGAAAAUGGGAUGAAGAGGCCGAGACAUUCCUCCAACGGAUCUGCUCAAAGGAAGGUCAACAGGCGGCAAAACGGGCUGCAACUCGUUGGUCUGAUGCUUUCACCGAGGAGAACGUUGAAGCCAUUUUUGGAAGUUCGGCCAGUGAACAAACAGAUGCCAACAAUGACUCCUUCCAGCAUCCACUUUUUCCGCCAGCUCGAUGCGUUGUUUGCGGCGAAAUGGCCUCCAAACGUUGUUCUCGAUGUCGACAAGAAUGGUAUUGUCGCCGUGAGUGCCAGGUCAAGCACUGGCCACGCCAUAAGCAGGCUUGCGACCUGAUAUCUGCAGGUCAGAUGGAGGAAACUAGCUGAGCCAAAAUGGGCUAUUUUGGAUACUGCGAACUAUCUGCCUCAUUUUUCUCCGGCACGUUGCCCAAAGCAUUUAAGAAACAUCUGAAAAAACAAUUUCGAAACCAACUAACGUGAUAAUUUUGUAACUUUAUCUUAAUGUUAUGGAAACCUAGGAUAUUUUAAUAAUAUUCAAAUGGUUUUGGGUGUGAUGGAGUUCCACCUAUUUGGUCAAUUUCGGGAAUACUUGAAAUACUGGCCUAUUCAGAUUUCAUGCCUUUUGUAAAAAAUGACCAAUAGGUUUUAUUUCCGAGAUUUUCAUUUAGAGAUGAUAGGACAAUUUAUAUUAAGAAAGAGAACAGUAAACGAAUUCGCGUUUCGUCAGCUAUAAGCAAGGCUGACUUGUCUCCUGCUUGUUCCGCUCAGUAGACCAAAAUACGCAGAUAGAGAUUUAAAUGAAACCAACAGCUUCUGAAACGGGCUUCCGAAAUUGCCGGUAUUCGGACAAUUACACAGGUUCAAUGGGAGAUUGUGUGUGCUUACUGAACCACGGAGAUGAUAUUUCGGCAACACGUCCACGUCAUACAUUAUUUUGAACGCGGCCCACGCCAUAAAGCUCGUAAAACGGAACAUGACAAUUUCUUCAGCGAGGAUAACUCGAUAGGUCUGAAUGGAUGCGCAGCAAAAUUUAAGUAUUCCAUAGGCUAGCGGGACAUGCAAUUUUACAAAAGCAAGAUUUAAUGCGGGAAAAGAAUGAAUGGAAAUCGACUAUGCUGACACCGUUCUUAUGGGUGUUUUGUGAAAAAUUCAACGACUGAGAGGUAUCGGAUUUACGGGAUACAGCGCGGUUAUGUGAGUUGGGGAGGAAUUCCAUGCUGGACUCAAUUCGUGCGCUUGAGGCGGAAACACAAGCGACUGCACAUUACUGAGACGUACUCUGAGAUUUCUUUUGCGUGUAGGAGUCAGGGAUAUCAGUUUGAGUUUAACCACGCACAAUAAAUUCGGACAGUAAGAAGUCAGAGAUCUGUGAAAGCUGAGUUAUGCAGUGCACAGGGCGGGUUGCCAUAACCUUUGAAUAAGGGGUCCGUUUCAGAGUGCUUGGACAGCGACGUGCCGUUUGCACUGGUCUUACAUGUCCGUGACUGUAUAAGAAGGUGAUUGACCGAGUGUUGGACGUGAGUGGUUGGUCCAUUAGGUGGGUAGGGGACGCGUGAUCACGAGGGGCCACAGGUGAAAAGUCACGCGGCCGACGCGCGUGAAAUAGCGUCAGUUAGUAGGUGCAGCCGGACAAGAAGAACUUUUAUUCAAGCUAGCCCGCUUGCCCGGCCGUCGCUUGACAGCCAGAAGCCGGAAAAUUGGACGCCGGCGUGGCUUCUACACGCGCACUGGUCCGCUUUUCCACAACAACGCCUUAACCGUCUUCAAUUUCCUUUUCUGGCGUUGUUACAUUUACUGGUAGAAGAGUUAAUCAUAUCUGCAAUAAUAUAGAGUAUACUGCGCAUAAACAACCAGUUGGAUUCUUCGAUCAGCCACGAUUAUGCUACCCACAGCUACACAUUUCCUUUUAAAUAUGCCUAAAUCAGACCAUUUUCAAUAAUUCACUUCGUUGAAUUGACCUCUCCAUUGAGGACUGUUGUACAUGUCCACUAACCCGUUCUGUCGUUAGCGCCGGCCUAUGCGCAUUUUCCUCUAAUAGCCAUGGUUUUGUCAAUCCGCAGUUGUAUUCCCUGCCCGCUUAUUUGGCGGACUUUGGUCAAAAUAGUGUUAGAGGGGCAUCCCGACGGAUGGCGCGCCAACCAAUUAUUAAUAAUUAUAGCAGUUGCAUUAUUAAGUUCCCGGAGGGCACUUUCAGCUCAAAGCGAGCAAAAUAUGCUCUAUAAUUCUGACUUUGUGUUCUGCAUGAGCAACAAGUCGGACAGUGACAUUUAUAAAACACAUUAUUUAAAAUAGGAAAAUCACCGGAAUUAGUAUAUUACUGAUGACGAUCAUACCUGCAACUUCUAAAUUGAAGGAUCUAGGUAGAAUAGAGGCGACUUUCAGGCGAAUCAGUAAACAACCCAUUGCAAAACGCGGGUCGAGUUCGGGGGACCAGCGGUUUCAGGCGAGAUAAUAAGGAAAAAACGAUUGUUUCGCGAAGGGAUAUGAAAGAACAGGGCGUAUUCGUCGGGGGGGGGGCAGGGCAAAAGAGUCCAAAACGCCCACUUGGUUUCUGGGUUGUGGCAGACAUGGGUUGAGACUAACAGGAGGUAAGGCCACGACAUCCCAGCGACCAGAGUGGGAACCUAAUGAGGGUAGGCGGGGAGCGAAACGGGGCAUAAGAGCAUGUUUGCGUCACGAAACCCCGGCAUGUCGGCUGAAUUCAAAUUCAAAGCUAAAGGAACGAUGCUUAUGAGGAAAUUACGUUAUUAGGGAUCGGGACACUCUCCGGUCUCAUCUUUUUAAUUAAACGGGCGCAGACAGACGUUUGCUGUUUUAAAAUUAUUGGCUGCAAUUUCUUUUGGACUUUUAGUGGAUUGUACCUGACUGAUUGCUUUUUGCAUUCUACAAUUUCCUGUUUGUAUAUUCUAACUAUUCACACGGUGGUGUAAAUCUUUGAAAUGUUAAAUUUUCGCUGAAUUUCGCUCACCAAAUUUGUCUGUAGUUUUAUUAAACUACAUCCCAUUAUGAGAUAAUACGAAAGCAAUUGUCACUCUGAUGGAGGACCGCAACGGUUUCGGCGUACAUAUCCACCGUUAAACGUGAGUAUCGGGGAGAAGGACUGUUUAAACCAUCUAGUUGAUGAUCCUCUUCGAAGUUUCCCUCAGGAGAGCUGGCACAAAUUCGCAUGAUCAGUCCUAUUCGACAAAGCAAAUCCUAAGAGGUACUGGGUUCAAAACGAACUUAAACUAUUCUCAAAUUUUAAACAGGUGAGGUAAUCGGCUCGCUUUUUAGGAGUUCUGAAUAUGCGCGUCCCAAGUGGGCCAUUUUUGGUGAGCAGAACCAGCGCUGUGCGAUGAACUGAUCGCUGAGUUGAAGUGCCCAUUGCGGACGCACAUAAGACACCACAAAACGGCAGUAUGGAGGCCACGGAAGUCAGGGUAAGGAUAAGUUGUGUGACAGCACUGGGUUGAACAUGUAUAAAUAACUGCUAUAUUCGUCUAAGUGGGCCUUUCUUAGUUUUUGAUUCGGUGUUACGUGAAAUUUCUCCUUGGGUGUUAUCUAGUGCACUGAUAUAACCAUAUGCACCGAGUCAUUUCAGUGUGACAUUUUCAGUGAUAGAUUACUUAGCAGGGGGUAGCCUUCGGCUUCCGCUCCCGCUCUCCAUGAUCCGUUGUCUUACCUUAAUUUUCUAGUUUUCUCAAUGCAUGCGCAUUGCGUUUCCUUGUCGAUUGCGUGCACUGUGAUUUACCUAUUUCUUCGAAAAGGGUGGUUAAGCCUUUUGUGCCAUAUCGGUACUUACCUUACAACGCGUGGUUUAAGGAUCGUCGGCAGCGUGUUGGUUUACUUCGCCUCGGCUAGGACGCAAACGCUCGGCUUCCUCGACAUCUCCAAAUGGUUUUUGUUGUCAGACGCCUACGUUGUUACUUAUUUACCUCGUCAAGAAUACUUGUGUGCAGUCUCUCGCAUAAACCAUAAUAAUACAGUUAAAUUAUGGCUUUAUGUGCACAGAUUUACUUACAAGCGGUUGUUACGUCGCCUUCAGGAAGGGGUCCUUCAGGUUCCCUAUUUGGGAAGCUGUUGCACUGGAUAUGCUUUCGUAAUAUGCCACAGGAAUAUUUCCCAAGCCUGAUUUAAGCCAAUGCUGUCUACGUUAAACAAAAGACGAUAUCGAAUCUCGUCUCUGUUGAGCCAUGUUGCCCGACCCGACGCCGAUCCUCUCUCGUGGAGCCACUGUUUCAAUCUGCUUCAAUUGGCCUCAAUCGCAUUAGUGUGUUUUUCUGUGGUUCGAUCCUUGAAAUGCUUAAUAUUAAUGACUGUAAAGUGUUUAAUGCUGACACGUUCGGCGUCCAAAUUCCCACUUUAUCCUCUUGCUUGGCAUUAUUGUACCACCUCGGAGUUUCUAGCUUCGGUUAUUUCUUCUGACAGCGGUUAGAUGAGUAACUAAAUGAAGUCGAGUAUAAGCUAGAUUCUGAGGGCUUCCCGUCUUACUUAAGACGUCUACUUAGCACCCUUUCGACGGUUUUACUAAGAUCACAGUACACGAGCACCACUGACUGUUGUUCGUUAGGAACCGACGGGAUGAAGGUAAAGAAAGUUGGGGACAUUAUUCAGCUAAAAGCCAAGCUUAGUAGAGCUGAGGCACUGAUUAGCCUGAUAAAAAUCAAGAAUUUCAUCGUAAACAGUCUUUUAAAAAGCCAUUGACAGAAAUAGAGUUUUAUGCAUGCCUCAAUACUUAUUAAUUUCGCUCCAAGAUUUUAACUUGAGGACAGGAAGGAUGAUAUAUCUUCCGUGUUUCGGAGAAGAAUCCUUUUGAAAUACGAGCUGUAAACAGGUGGCUGAGCAACCAGGGAGUGUCGGACAGCUUCUUGAUAAUCGAGCUUUUACGACCGCCCGAUCCCGCGAAGUGUGAAUUUUUAAACGACUUAUUUUUUUCAGAAUCAGUUCGGAGGAGACGUCAGUGACAGGGAGAAAGCUGUCAAAAAGCGAACGAAUAGGAAGAAAUCAUUGGAGUUCAGCGGUAAAAUACUUUGUAAGAUUGCUUUAGAAAAUACGGCCUUGUUACUGUUAGCGGUGCGUACGCUUUCUUGUAAUUUAGCAGAGGAUGAGCAUUGUGAUUGCGUUUAGAGUAAGAUCGACGUCGUAAAGUUUGUACAAUUGAUUUCGCAGGGUCAAGAUCACUGAGUGCAAGGAAUUCUCUCUGCCCGUCUCACGCAUAACCCAUCUCCUAGGGCAGUUGAAAUAUUUUUACGAUUUUAAGCAAACAGAUAAGGGAUUGACAUACACAUUUUACAGCUACCCCCUCAUCUCGUUUAAUCUUUUGGAAGAAGUUGAGGAACCGUGGAAUCAGAAGAGGCACACUUGUGACUUCUGCAUGGUCAAGAUUCUAAGAUGCCUUUGGAAACAACCGACGUAAGGCCACAAGCAAUUGUUACAUUAUUCCUAGAGAAAUGGCUGCGCCAAAGCAAUGAUCUAACAGUGUUCUUGAUUAGGUUGUCGUCUAAGCGAUCGAAAUCUAGAUAGGUUUGUUUUGUGAUGGUCUUUCUCGGGAAGAUAAGCAGAAGGUAACGGCGAAUUGGCACACUGUCGCGUUCGUGAAGUUCCUGUCUAAAAUCAAUGAGUGUAGGGACGAUAUUAACGGUAAAGUUCAGAUCUAGAAUCUCACUAAAACAACUACGACCGUCUGGAAAGAGUAAUAUCUUGGAGUAGCGAAAUCUAGGUUGGCAAAAGUCCAAAAGCCAAUCCAUUUCAAAAAAUUUAAAAUCUCUAGAAAUUAUGUUAAUGUUGAAGUCAAAUUCCGAAAUUUCUAUGAAGAAUUUUCAUAACAAUGCGUCAUAAUUGGAUGAUGUGCCCGCAUGGUCGUAGAUACAGCAAAAAUGUCCUUUCGUGGCCGCAAGAUAAUGGAAAAUGCGAAGUAGAGAUUUCAGAGAGUGAGGGCGCAGUCAGAUUCUGUAGAAUGCACCGUACGGAGGAUCCGCAUAAACGGAUGUUCAAUCAUCCAAAAAUGACGCAGUUGAGAUCCGUAGCCUUUCGUUUGACCCGGGUGUGUUGGAUGAGCAUUCCCGGUCAGGUUCUGAGACAUGUUCGUCUUACUGUGACUUCUGGUCCAAUCAAGAUCACUUGCAGCCAGCCGCUCAGUGAAUUGUAAUUUAUAAAUGGAACGGGCAAAACGGUAACAAUUUGUGCAAAAUGUCAGUAUUUAUGUGCUGACCAUUUCUGCAUUAAAAACUGUAUAACGCCUUGUGGGCCAAAAUAUUCAUGAGGAGACUCCGAAGGAAACGGAGGCUAGCUUUUUCGACGAACAACACGGAAACACAGAAGGAAGUGUUAUCAAAACGAAUAUGAACGAAUCAUUCACGGAUCUAAGUUUCGCUAGUCCAAUAGCUAAUUCAUCCGGAGCCAUCGAAACAAUUAAACCGGAAAAAAACGCUCAGACAGUCGAAACGUUUGCGACAACAACAGGCGUUGGAUACAGUCGCAAGCAAAAUGUAGUUAUAAAAGGAAUCUCAGAAUCAACGGUAACAAUUCCAAGGUAGAGAGUUAAACGCGACUUAGACCUUAAACUGUAUGCAAAAGCUUUUUUAGGAGACGACGAAACACUUAAUGUUCUCAAAGCCCUGCGAAGAGGGAAGACUCGAUCAGCGCCUGGUUCAAAUUCCCGGCACCGACUCCUAAAGGUCAUUUUGGAGACUGAAGCACAGACACAGCACCUGAUCGAGAGAAAAUCACAUCGGUGGGGUCAGCAUACCCAAAUAUUUUUCAGCUGCAUUACGAGUCAAAAGAGCGAUUGAAAAUGAGACAACUGAUGACGGAGCUGGAAAAGCGGAGGAGCAGCGGUGAUACACACCAAAUCAAGAACGGACAUAUAGUUCAGGUCGAAAUGACACUCCUCUGGCCGAAGGCUGUCGUUCUGACAGUUUAACCAAAGUCAAGGGGCGGACUUUUGAGGUUGUGAGCACCAGUGGUCACUGUCUAGAAAUCUAUUACACUAACUGUCAGAGUCUCCUCAACAAGCUGGAUGAACUCAGAUUACUAGUCUCUGAACAGAAGCCGCACAUAAUUGUCUUAAUAGAGACAUGUUUUACAGAGGAGAUAACUUGCAGCUAAGUCAGCAUUGAAGGCUACCAAGUGUUCCGUUGUGGCUGGUUUCUGCGUAGAGGAGGAGGCACAGCGAUUUAUGUAUCAAAUGAAAUUCCGUGCUGUCACCGAGAAAUAUCCGAUGUGACAUCGCAAAAUUUUGAAGUAAUUUCAUGAAGAUAAGUAUCAAACAACUGCCGACACUUAACCUCUGUGUUGUCUAUCGGCCUCCAAGCUCGAAUGAAAGCGCCGAUAUGGAAUUACUCAGUGCACUAGAGUUGUUUUGUAAGCAGGAGAACGUACUACUUCUAGGUGACUUUAACGCCCCAUGAACAGAUUGGAAAAUUCCUUUUACAAACGCUCCAUCCGCGUUGUUCGACCGCAAGCUGUUACAACUGUCUCUGGAUGAAUACCUCAUUCAACACAUAAAAUUCGGAACAAGAUUGAGAGAAGGACAACGAUCUAACUGCUUAGAUCUCGUUUUCUGUAAAGAAGAAGGAAUCAUAAGAGAAGUGAAGCCACAACCUCCACUCGGUUUAAGUGAUCAUAUUGCUUUUACCUGCGUGUGCUCUGUACUAUCGAACCAACGACCAAAAAUCAAGAGACACAGAAAUAUUUGGAAGGAUGACUUUAACGCAAUGAGAGGUGCUCUUCUAAAGGCAACCUGGUUAGUCAAAAUGGAAGAUUCAGAAAAAGGUAACAAUCGGGAGAUGGCACCCAAGAAGAUCCGACUAACCAAAGCAGCCUGACUUAUGGGACAGGUGGCAAUAGGGGUUUUAUGGCUGGUGGCUGCUCAGGAUGUACGAUACUAGCCGACGGAAAGCCUUAUUUGAUCAGGUGAAUGAUCGAAGUUGGCCCGCUCUCCCUUCCGUUAGUACAAAAUGGGGCGCCAAAGGCAGUAUAGUGGUAACGGACGAGUGAAAGGCGUAUAAUCGUCUUCCCUCAGAAGGUUAUCUAUAUUUCUCUGUUAACCACUCAAGUAACUUCAAGGACCCUACCACCAAACGGUACACCAAUGCCAUUGAGGCAUACUGGAGUAGACCGAAAAGGAAACUCCACGACGGAGACCCUGUAUGUGGCCGAACUGUGUGGGCUCACAUAGACGAAGUACAGUAUCGUCUUUGGCUUGGCCUCAAUGUCAUUUCUUUGACAGAUGCCUGGGAACUGUUCCUGUCCCAUGUUGUGCAGACUUAUUCUAUUUAAAAGUGAUCCUGUUUUGUAAAAAACUGACAUAAUGUGAAUGUAUGCCGUAUAUUCAGUUGUACAUGUGUAACGAUGGAGAAGGUUGGGUAACAGCGACCAUCAUCCAUGUAAACUCCUGCGAUGUUCGUUCGGCCAGCCCAUGUUAGACCGUCGCCGAAUGUCCAAGUAGUGCGUGAAAGUAGGCCUGCAACCGCUGAUAUGGCCAGAACUCGUUUGAGUCCACUGGUAUUAUUUCUAGGUAACGGAUUUUUUGGGUGCCAUCUCCCGACUGUUACCCAGAAAAAUCCUGGCAGUACUUUCGCGGGAUUAUAGACCGCUAAAUUGUCUCCCACUGUCCAAUAAAAAUAACAAGGCCAUGUGCGCGACCGCCGUGGGUCACUCCGAUGACGAAAAAGACCAUGAAGAAGAAACAGAGGCUGUUGAAAAUGUAUCUGCAUCUUCAAGAUCCUAUAACAUUCGUCGAAUAUCAGGAGCAACGCAAUGAUUGCAGCAAAAAAUUAAGGGUUGCUAAAGCUUCUUUCGAGCGCCGAAUGAUAGCAGAAUCCAUUACAUGUCCCAAGAAGUUUUACGGGUACAUCCGCAGUAGGAGAAAACAUACGGAUGAAAUAGGGUAUCUAAAGGAUAGUCUCGGAAAUGUAUCAGUUGAAGGGUCACAGAAAGUGCAAUGACUGUCUCAGUUUUUUCGAUCGGUUUAUGUGGAACAGUCCUCUGAAGACAAUCGGGAGUUUGAAAUAGGCCAAGACAGCCGAGAGCCCCAAAUGCGCUAAGAUACUGCCUUCGUAGAAACCGUUGCCCUUUCCGUCGAAGACGUAAGACGCGCCCUCAGUCAAAUAAAACCAGAUAAGUCUCCUGGACCCAACGGAAUUCCUCGGCUGAUAGUUAAGGAGCUAUCGACGGAGCUGUCAAAGCCUCUUUCGACUCUCUUUGAGCUGUCAAUUAGAACAGGGAGGUUGCCCUCACAGUGGAAGACAGCUUACCUCGUUCCAUUGCAUAAGGGAGGUAGCAGGAUGACAGCAAGCAGCUUUAGGCCUAUUAGCUUAACUUGCCUCCCUUGCAAAACGAUGGAAGCUAUAGUAAAGAGCGCUAUACAGCAGUUUUGUGAAGAAAAUGGCAUCUUGCGGGAUAUUCAACAUGGCUUCCGGAGAGGACGUUCCCGCUUCUCAAAUCUGCCAAUUUGUAUGGAGAUCUGGACCCGGGCUUUGGAAGAGAGCUUUGAGGUUGAUGUCGCCUACAUCGAUUUCCGCAAAGCAUUUGACACUGUCCCGCACAGACACCUUCUCCAUAAAUGUUGCGCCAGCGACAUCCGAGGAGAUCUUCUGAACUGGAAACGGGCAUUUCUGAUUGGUCGGAAACAACGUGUCUGUAUCGGAGAUGAUAUGUCAGGCUGGGUGAACGUUACUAGUGGUGUGUCCCAGGGCUCAGUUUUCUGACCCUCACUUUUCAUUCCUUACGUUAAUGACAUUCUUUAAAAAUUCGACUGCGCCAAAAUAAGGUUUACGCUAUGCCAUUAAUUAAAGGUCCGAAUGAUGAGAGAGCCUUUCAAGAUAAUCCGCAUCGACUGAAAACAUGGUCCGAGAAUUGGCUUCUGAAUUCCAAUGGGCGGACAUGUGCCAUCCUUCAUCUGCGUCGAACUAACUGUCAUUCAAGUCAUAGCACGAGAGCUCAUCACCUGAAAGGCAUUACUACUCCCGCAGAAUCCUCGCAGAAGGAUCUCGAUGUUUGGAUACAGAUCAUCAUGAAACCAGCACUGCAGUACACGAAGGCUGCAAAAAACGCCAUGGGAGAAUUCCAUGCGAUCGACAGGAGGAUUGUGAUCUUUAAAAAGUAACUUUUGGGAGAGUUUACGGCAUCUUUGUUCGUCUUCAUCUAGAAUAUGGCAUACAAGCGUGGCGGCCAUGGCCAACAAAGGACAAAACAUGCCUCUAAAAAAAUAUAAGGCCGUGCAACAAAACUGAUAAAGGGUUUAAAAAGUGAUCCAGCAUAAAACGAGUGGACUGCCAUAAUGUACAGUGAGUGACCGAUCUCAUGAAAUGUUGGCUGAAAUUCUGAAAUGAGUUGUCGAUUAGAAAGGUUUACUUAAACGCGGUUGUAAUACUGAUUAUCUUGCGGAAUAAUCCUGUAAUAGUUCGGACUCGACUGGAUGUCGGCCUUUGAAUGCAGUGCUUUUUAAACUCCUGUAGAAACCGUACUUGGUAGAAAAUGACUACAUAUAGCAUGCAUUUUUCCCGUUGAUUUAAGAUGAUCUUGCAAAUUUAAAUAUAUUUUAUGGAAACCACAAACAAAAAUAUUCCUUCUUUCAGUCCUUUGACAGAGAAUCACGUCAUCUUUAUAUUUAAUAUUCGAAAAAGGAAUAUAAUAAGGGUUUUAAAAAGUUUAUACUUAUGAGAUUUUUAAGGCCGCGCAAUGUCUAUUCACAUAGUAUCGUACCUGGCUGCUUAUCACAGCUUCUCAUGAAAUGUACAACAUGGUCCUCAUCCAUUUCAAAAUUUUGUGUACUCAAUAUGGUAUCUUCUUGAGGACAUAGAAGAAUGUGUGAUUCCACUUACGCGGCGCGCAUGCACCUUGUAGAGGGAAAUCACUUGACGCUAAUGCAACUACUAAGCAAGCUCCAAAUUAUUCGCCAAUUAGAAAACUUUUUAAAACCUAAUUAUACUCCUUCUUCGAAUAUAAAGAUGACGUGAUUCUCUGUCAAAGGACUGAUAGAAGGCAUAUUUUUGUUUGUGGUUUCCAUAAAAUAUAUUUAAAUUUGCAAGAUCAUCUUAAAUCAACGGGAAAAAUGCAUGCUAUAUGUAGUCAUUUUCUACCAGGUACGGUUUCUACAGGAGUUUAAAAAGCACUUAUUCAAAGGCCGACAUCCAGUCGAGUCCGAACUAUUAUAGGAUUAUUCCGCAAGAUAAUCAGUAUUACAACCGCGUUUAAGUAAACCUUUCUAAGCGACAACUCAUUUCAAAAUUUCAGCCAACAUUUCAUGACAUCGGUCACUUAAUGUAUUCCCUCUGUGUUACAGUCAGCAAAACAGGGUAAUGUUAUACGAUCAACAAAAACAUACAUGACCAUGAGCGUGAACUUAGCUUUACGGACAUAUUUCAGUGGCAACUUCCACUCAAUCACUGUAGUUACUCGAUGAAGCUACGGGCAAAAAUAUCCAGACUGAACCCAUGGUCUGUGUCUUUAGGUUCUCCUUUGCUCCUGCUUUACAUAAAUGAUAUCUCGUCGGCAGUUAAACAUUCUCAAUCAUUUAUUUAUACCUGAAGCCUAGGUCCUUGAUAGUGGUACAUGCAGUCGUGGGUGUACCUUGGAAGAACACUGAAUGUGCUAAACUAUCACGUACAAAACACAUAUAGCGACAUGUAGACGUAAAGAAUUCCAUUAGCCAGUUUGAGCUUCACACUGAAAGAGCAAGCAAGUCAGCAUGGAUUUGCUCCAGGCACUGAAGGGUCGCAGAUUUAUUAAAUGAAUUUACACAUUGGAGACGAUCGGUAUAAAUAAAUGAUUGAAAAUGUUUAACUGCCGACGAGAUAUCAUUUAUAUAAAGCAGGAGCAAAGGAGGACCUUGUAUGAUACCACUUACAAUAGGGCUUACAAGUAAAAGUGAAGAUCACAUUAAAACCUUUUGUUUGCGAUUAGACAGGUAUGACUUGAUGCAAGUAGUUGGAGUCUUCGUGCCCUCAAAUCGGACCACGUGUUAGAUGAUCUGGACCAACACGGGGGCCACAUCGUACUCUGGCAGGCGUUAUAUGUGCUCAAUAACAAAUGCCAACAUUUGCGGGGUGCGCUGGCGGACCCUGUUGUCGGCAUUCGUCGCACAACUGGACCACUGCCACCACCCCAUUGUUUUGUGGUCAAAAUCCUGGUCAUUUGUGUGUAGACCAGGGGGUGCGGAGUGGAGCGCCAAGGCGAGGAUCCGUCCGAGCCAUCCACCUGCGGCCUCCCCCGUCUCCGGUCUUCUUGACUUGGUCUUGACACCGGGCCCAGGCGGGGGAGGAGGAGAGAGUGUAGGUAGAUGCUACGCAAGUCUACUGGCACUAUAAACCCCUGCGUAAGUCACCGUCCCUGCUCCCACGGUGCGGUCUGUGGGGCACACGGUGGAUAUCGUCGAAAUCGACGGUCGAACUGUCGUUGGAGUCUUCACUGGGAUUCAGCCAUCCACCCAUGAAGUUCAUUCUUACAGCAUCUGUCAUUCUUCAUUGACGAUAAUACCUCCUGCACCUUCAUUAUUAGACGCCUGCUACUUUUUUCUUCCAAGUAUAUUUUCCUCUGGAAUAACCGAUUAGUCGAUAUGAAGUCAUCAAAAAAUCUCAUCUGUCCUCAAAAGAAGACAUCGCCAUUAUCUUAACACGGAAUCGACGACCUAUUAAAUUUCUCGUCGUUUCCCAGGGCCUUUCAUCAUGAAAGAAACAUCGGCCGUUAAAUUAUGCACCACGUGUGAGGGCCGCCCACAAAUAAACUUUCUCCGUCUAUAUAUUUCACUAUGUUUUGGUUUUCGAGAUUCGAGAUUUCUCAGUGGAAGUCAGUGCUUCAUUCUAGGGAUCCGGAUUUUCAUGGAAACAGACACAGACACAAACACACACACACGCACGCAUGCGCGCGCACACACACAGACACAGACAUCACUCUCCCUUCCCAUUCCCACACACCAGCCACUGUUCGAACCGGUCAGCAGAUGGAGCGCGGGGAAUGGGCGCUGUGGCUGGCUUGUUCGAGUGACCAUGCCUGCGUGCGCCACGUGCGUAACCUGGCCCCCUAGACACCCACCAGGAUUUCGCUCAACGGGGGUUGAACGGCUGCCCUCUCACUUGCGUGAGAGGGUCGCGGAAGUUGCUGUUUCAGCCCGUCUCUCAGCCCACCAGUCCACCGGUCUGUCAUUCCACACAACACACACACAACGGGACGGACUGCGUGGACCGAGUGUGUGCAUCAAUAAGCAGCCUUUCUAUCCAUGACGCUUGGAGUGUCGGGAUAGUCUCGGACUCAAGUCACCCGUGCAGCAGAAGCUGCAUGGGGACCGAGUCGAGAUCCACACUUCCCACUUGCGUGGGAGCUGGCAGUUGGGUACUUGCGGUGGGUGAGUGUUGAUGUGUAGUAGGGUGGUGGUAGUGAGGCAGGGAAGGAGGGUGUGAUAGUGUGGUGCAGCAGGCGGUUGUCUACCGCAGGUGUUCGUGGAUGCGAACGUGGCCGAAUAUAUCCAUACGGUGCCUGAAAGUACGAGGACAGUUUGGGAAGUGGGGGCGAGUGUGGUGGUGUGGAUGAGCGUCCCAUGCACCGGUUCGGCAGACUCUGUGCAAUGGAUUCGCAAGUGACCAACCAGCUCGGUGCGAGAGGGGAGUGCGCGGGGACAGUCUGGGCAUUAGAAGUCGACGGGGUCGGUGUCGGCUACGGGGGAGGUGAUCGUGGUGACGGUGAUGGGCGCACCGGGCGAUGAAGCGAGGAUGAAGCUGGGCAUGGUGGGUGUGUUGGAUGUGGUGGGUGUGUCGGGGCUGCCGUCAGUUUCGCCCUCAUCGACGCGCUAGUCGCCGAGUAGGCCCAUGCGGUGCGUGAAGGUGCGAGGGCAAUGUGGUCAGUGGAGGAGAAUUCGGUAGGUGUAGGUUGAUGUUCCAGGCACUGGUCCGUCAGCCUCUGUGCGACGGAUUCGCAUGUGACUGACCAGCCCGGUGCGAGAGGUGAAGGUGCGGUCGCAGUGAGGGCAGGUGUAGUUCUGGUCCUCACCUCUGGAGUCGGAGGAUGGAGGGAUGGUGUCUGUUGUAGUGUCAGGGAUGUGUUUGACGCUGGUUUGCGUGACGGCCGUCAGAGCAGCCGUCAGUGGGACAGUAGGGUAGAAAGAGGAGGAGGAUGGGGAAUUGGAGGAGGACGAGGACAAGGGGGAAGGGGUUCAGAAGCAGGAGGAGGAGGAGAAGGAGUAUGGAAGUGGUGGUUCAGAAGAGCUAGUUGGCGGCGGAGAGGACGAGGAUGAGGCGGGAGGAGGGACAAUGGUUGUUGUGGUCCAAGAGGCGCAGUUGAUCCGAAGGUGACUAUUAAGCCAGAUUCGUUCUCGGAAUAUCCGUUGACACCAAGGACACGUUAAAAGCGAUUGUGAAUCGGCGUUGCGUAGUGUUCUUAAUGGUGAUUUGCAGGCUUCGCGUUUCACUUUGGCAGCGGCGAUUUGGUUGGCCUCGUAGAUCGCAGCGCCUGUCUUCACUGUCCUCCUCCUCCUCAUCCUCCAGGUCGCUCGGUCCUUAACGAGAUCUUCCCAUUUGGACAGGUUAUUUUGCAGACGCUUCAGGAAGGACUUCAGAUUAUCUUUGUAUCGGCGAAUUUGGCCUCCUUGGCGGCGAGAACCCGUCGCGACGUCUCCGUAGAAGAGUCGUUUGGCUAG